AUGCCAAUCAUGAGAUUUUUCAACUUCAGCAACCACCCCCACGCCGGGGCCAACAGCUCUCUGGAAUCUGGCUCUCUGAACCAGUCCAAGAAGAGCUUGGACUUGAUCAAGUCCACAAACUCCAGUAAGACUUCGGUCGGCCAAGGCUCCUCGAUUCAAGGCUUGUGUCCCUCGACCAAGCUUCAGUUCCCCGGAACUGACUUCUCCCACUUCGAAGAGCUUCAGACCAAGUCCUACUCCUACCACAAACACAAUGCGCCUAUCUCAAGAGGUGUUUUCAGAAGAAGAGGUGCCAACACCCAGUCGCCAGCUGCGUUUGCAUCUAUCGGGGCCGCCCCAAACACCCUUCUUCACGACGGUACCUUCAGAACCUCAGAACUCCCUCUGAAGCCUACCUUACACAAACAGGCCUUGUCUUCCCCCACCAAGCCUGUUUCCCUCUACACUUCCCCAAACCAGCUCAAUGCCGAGCCCCUUAACCCUCCAUUCAUCGAGGAAACCCCCGAACCAUCCCUCCACUCCCCAGAGGUUUGUGUUCAAGUGGGACGCCGCAGAGUGCCUCACUACGCUGCCAGCAUCCCCGAGAUUCGCAAGAACAUUCCUGACGUAGAGAACCUUACUCUCUUCCAGGCUCUUGAUUUUGCCCUGCUGACGAAGAAGCUUCCUAUUCUCAGGGAGCUCCUCAAGCAGGUUGUUGUCACCGAGUGUGUCAAGAACACCCCACGCUGCAUCCCAAGCCUGAGGCUCGAUGCCUUCCUCGCCGAGUCCCACAAGGAGUCGUUCACCCAAAGGCUCUUGGAAUUGGGCGAGGACUACGCUGGAGAUGUCGUUGAACCAGCGACCUCCAGCCACCCAGUUUCGGAUGGUCCAGCUUUUAGACCUCGCGACGCUUCGGUCACAUUCCUGGCACCCUGCCACAACAACCCCGUCGACCACACCGACGACGUGGAAGUUGAAAAGAGGGACUCCCGCUGCCGCCGUAUUGCCGCUGCAAUCAGCCGUGUUUCUCACCGCUGGUCGGCUCGUGCUAAGGUGUUCAGAGAGCACUGGCGCGAGAACAGAGAGUUGAGAGAAAGCAAGAGCAAGAUCAAGAGAGAGAUCAAGCUUGAGAAGCGCAACAUCAAGAUGCUCGAGAGAGAAAAGCAGUUGGCUGAUUUGGAUGCCCGCUUGCUGGAGGUUUCCCACAACUGGAAGCAAGAGCACAAGGACCACAAACAGGCCGAGUUGCAGAGACAGAUUGCAGCCAAGCAGGCUUCCAACAGACGCAAGUUGGAGAUGCUCGAGUACCAGGCCGUCGUUGCCAAGGCCAACCGGAAGGUUGCCAAAAAGUACAAGCAGGCCCAGGCUGCUAAGGAAGCCGAAGAUGCCAAGUACGCUGCCUACCUCAAGGCCAUGAAGCACAAGGCCAAGAAGGUAGCCCAGACCUCCAAGGGCCACAAGGCGGGUUGCAAGGCCAAGGCCCCCAAACCUUCCCAGAAGCCUUCCCCCAAGAAGGCCUCCCAGAAGAGCCCCAAGCCUUCUCCAGUGGUGCCUUCCCCAGAACCCCAACCCUACCAGGUUCUCAACGCUAGAGAGAUGGAAGCCAACCCAUGGCACCUCACCGGCGACUCGGAGCUUCGUGAAGCCAUUGCUCGUGAGAGACCAGUUCUCGGCGUCAAGCCCAAGAAGACCGCCAUUGGGUCUCGGGUUGUUUCUGUGGCACCUACUGUUCACUCGAACGAGGUGUUGCCAGAGCACGUUUUCGUUUCCACGCCGCCCAAGCCCAAGCCCAAUGCCGACGCCGGCUUCUACAUUCAGCCUAUCCGUGUUGAUGCUCCUCCUCCUCCCAAACCGGAGGGCAAGCCUGUUUGGGAGAGAGAUAGCUACAAGGCCAACCGUGAGAAGUGGAAGGAUGUGAAGCAGCUUCGCUACAUUCCCGAGGACUCUGAGCUCACGGGAAUCAAGGGCAAGCUUAGAAACGUCGGGUUCCAGUUCUGGAACUGA